ACCAAAGUCAGAAUCUGCAAUGAAAAGGCACGCACGGAAGAAUCUUCCUAGCUUUCUCCUCCAUUUUCUUGUGCCUCGAACCUAUCUAGUCUCAGUUUUCAAUUACUGUUUGAUUAUAAAAUCCACAGCUUUAAUUGUCAAUUUUUGUCAAUCCAAACUCCGCAAAAAAAUCCUCUGCUUUCGGCCCCCUGAAUUUAUGUCGCUGGGCUCAAAUCGCAAAAUAACUACCACUACAAAACAGAGCUAUGUUUCGGUUUUUCAGUUAUUUCAGUUUCCUCUACUUCUCCUCCCUCUGCCUUUCCCGCCCUUCCUUUCCCGCCAGAUUUAUACCGGACUCUAUAACCGGCAUAACCACCGAUCCCCACAACGUCACCGACAAUCACAACGUCACCUGGCAUGAUUUCGGUCGCUUCCUAGACGCCGGGAAGGGCAGUCAGGUCAGUGGUAUGUCAGAGCUCAAGAAAUAUCUGUACCGUUUCGGGUACCUCCCCAGCACCAACAAUUUCACCGAUAUAUUUGAUACCGAAUUAGAAUCCGCAGUUAAAGCCUAUCAAUCCAGUCUGGGUUUAGCUGUGACGGGGAAGCUUGACUCGAAUACCAUCUCAACAAUCAUGUCACCAAGAUGCGGUGUUAGCGACACAGCCCAUGAUCACACAAGCGAUAAAUUGCAUGUAACCCGACAUUUCGCGUAUUUUUACGGGAAGCCCAGGUGGGUAAAGGAGUCACCGAUGACGCUAACGUAUGCCUUUUCAGCUAAUAACACUAUUGAUUACAUAAGUUUAGAGGAUAUAAAGAGGGUUUUUAAGCGAGCUUUUUCAAGAUGGGCAUUAGUUAUUCCAGUUGACUUCACGGAAGUGGAAGAUUACCAAUCAGCGAAUAUUCGAAUCGGGUGGUACCACCGAGAUCACGGGGACGGAGAGCCGUUCGAUGGAGUGCUUGGGGUACUGGCGCAUGGUUUCUCUCCAGAGAACGGGAUGCUUCAUCUUGAUGCAGCUGAAACGUGGAGCGUUGAUUUCGAGACGGUUAAGUCAAGGGUGGCCGUUGAUUUGGAAUCGGUGGCCACCCAUGAGAUUGGACAUGUACUUGGGUUGGCUCAUUCUUCGCUGAAAGAAGCUGUGAUGUAUCCAAGUUUAAGUCCCAGAACUGUGAAAGUGGACCUCAAGAUUGACGACGCGGAGGGCGUCCAGGCCCUUUAUGGGACAAACCCUAAUUUCAAAAUCAGUUCUCUGUUGGAGUCUGAAAAUUCUUCUAACAAGGGGAUUGGUCUACAAAGUAGAGCAUCAAAAUGGACCAUUUCUUUGACGGUGGCUGCUUUCUUACUUUUAUUUUGUACAUGAUUUGACACUUUUGUUUUUCACUUGUGUCACUUCUAAAUUUCUUAGGUAGUAGCAAAUUGUUCACACUUCAUACUCAAAAAGGAAGAAAAAGGAAUUCUUUGGUUUUUAA